CCGGCACCCCGGAAGGAGUCGCGAGAGAGGCGGCCCGCGCUGACAGUGUCCCUGGGGCUCCGCGCUCGUCCGGCCGGCCCCGGCCUCGCCGCCCCGCGCAGUACCCAGCCCGGCCCCGCCGACCCGCCUCUACUGCCGGCUCCGCGCCCUUCCCCGAGGGCUGGAUGAUGGGCUGUUUCGCCCUGCAAACGGUGGACACCGAGCUGACGGCGGACUCGGUGGAGUGGUGCCCGCUGCAAGGCUGCAGGCACCUGCUGGCGUGCGGGACCUACCAGCUGCGGCGGCCGGAGGACCGGCCUGCCGGCCCCCAGAAUAAGGGUGGAAUGGAAGUUAAGGAGCCUCAGGUCCGUUUAGGCCGUCUCUUCCUGUACAGUUUCAAUGACAACAACUCUAUUCACCCUCUGGUCGAGGUCCAAAGAAAAGAUACUUCUGCGAUCCUGGACAUGAAAUGGUGUCACAUCCCGGUGGCUGGACAUGCCCUCUUGGGCUUGGCAGAUGCCAGUGGAUCCAUACAACUGCUCCGCCUGGUGGAAUCUGAGAAGAGCCACGUGCUGGAGCCAUUGUCCAGCCUUGCCCUGGAGGAGCAGUGUCUGGCUUUGUCCCUCGAUUGGUCCACUGGGAAAACUGGAAGGGCGGGGGACCAGCCCUUGAAGAUCAUCAGCAGUGACUCCACAGGGCAGCUCCACCUCCUGAUGGUGAAUGAGACGAGGCCCAGGCUGCAGAAAGUGGCCUCAUGGCAGGCACAUCAAUUCGAGGCCUGGAUUGCUGCUUUCAAUUACUGGCAUACAGAAAUUGUGUAUUCAGGGGGUGACGAUGGCCUUCUGAGGGGCUGGGACACCAGGGUACCCGGCAAAUUUCUCUUCACCAGCAAAAGACACACCAUGGGUGUGUGCAGCAUCCAGAGCAGCCCUCAUCGGGAGCACAUCCUGGCCACGGGAAGCUAUGAUGAACACAUCCUACUGUGGGACACACGAAACAUGAAGCAGCCGUUGGCAGACACGCCCGUGCAGGGUGGGGUAUGGAGAAUCAAGUGGCACCCUUUCCACCACCACCUGCUCCUGGCCGCCUGCAUGCACAGUGGCUUUAAGAUCCUCAACUGCCAAAAGGCAAUGGGCUGUGGCUCUCUGAGGGCUUAGACUCUGCCUUGUUACCUUUUCCUAAGCUGUAGUAGAGGUCCUGCUGGCCCGAGUGGACGUGUUGAGCGAUUGCUGGAUGAAAGACUAGCCGAGGUCCUGCCUGCCCUGUGACGCUACCUCCCAAGGGACAGUAACGGCCUCCCCAGGGGCUUCCUCCCGAGGGUCGCCCCACACAUGCUGCUCGAGGGCCCCUGUGGCUGUCUCUGAACGUUCAGCAUCUCACUCCUCCUCGGAGCCACCUCUGCCCAGUUGAAGCCCUGGGCCCAGGGUUGGGCCUCCCCGGCCCAGGCCCAUACAACCUCGGCACGUUUUGUAAUCCAGUGCGGUCCUGUUCUGCCCUCAGCCCUUCUUCAUCAGCACUCAUUCUGGUUCUGAUUCCGGUCACUGCUGGCAUCAAUCCCUGUACUUCAGAGGUAGCGAUGGCAGCCCUUUCAGAGCCCAAGUGGCCACCCAGCCUUGCAGCCCCUGGUUCACCUUCCACUUGCUCUCCGCAACUGCCCCUGCCAGCCCUGGCCUUGCCUCCUGGACUCCAGAUCACCUCGGGUUUGGCCACGCCUCGUCAUUCCCUCUGUUGCUGUGUGCUCUGGGAGGCGGUUGUGGCCUCUUUCCAGUUGCCGUAGCAACUUCUAUAAAGAAACUGCUCACUUAACCUUGUCAGUGGCUCCUUUCCAAGCCAAGAUCCAGACUCCUGCAUGCUUGGGACGCUCCAGCCCACUGUCACUCACUGACAGUGCCAUGGCCGCCUGUUUGUGGUUCCCCGUGCGAGCCUUGGACUUUCUCACCUCUGCUGUACACAUGCUGCCUGUUCCUCAGACAUCCCCUUCCUUCCCAGCUGGCUACAACUCCUUUGUUCUUUGGUUUUAAGUGUUAACUGAGGUCUUUCCCCCUGUCUGGCUUUUGCCGUAUUCUUCACCAUCAAGUGAGGUUCUGUAGCCCCGCUUGAUGCUUCUCUUGGAGGCACACAGGCGUGUGCACUGCAAGAUGACGGUCUGUUUCUUCUCCAACAUCUGCCCAGGUCUUGCUGGUUCCUUUGCAUGACACAACGGCUCCUCAGGAAACACUUGCUGACCUGUGAGGGGCUGUUCUUGGUGGAGUCUCCCUGUCAGGCGUGACAGGCUGGGGAGAGGCUCUGGGUGAUGUUGUGUUUCCUGGGUUCUCCCAUCUCUCACUCCAGAGGAGAGGCAGGAGGUGACGGUCCUGACAUCUCACACAUUGCCCGACUCGCUGGUGUAUGGAGCCGACUGGUCCUGGCUGCUCUUCCGUUCUCUGCAGCGGGCCCCCUCGUGGUCCUUUCCUAGCAACCUAGGAACCAAGACGGCGGACCUGAAGGGUGCAAGCGAGUUGCCAACACCCUGUCAUGAAUGCAUAGAGCAUAACGAUGGGGAGGGCCAUGCCAGACCCCAGAGUGGAAUGAAGCCACUCACAGAGGGCAUGAGGAAGAAUGGCACCUGGCUGCAGGCUACAGCAGCCACCACACGUGACUGUGGCGUGAACCCAGAAGAAGCAGACUCAGCCUUCAGCCUCCUGGCCACCUGCUCCUUCUAUGACCAUGCGCUCCACCUCUGGGAGUGGGAGGGGAACUGAGCUUGAAAUCAUGAAGCCCCUUCCCACAAGGAAACCAGGAGGGAGACUGCGAGUGAGUGCCCGGGACCACCUCAUCAGAGAUGCUUACUGCAGCCCUGCAGGUGCCUGUGCACUGAUGGAAUCCACAGUGUAGUCAGAAAAGCUGUUGACUUCUCUUAAAUCAGCUUCCCUGCUGGGCCCCUGAAAGUGGACUGGGUGAUUCUGUCUGGCAGAGAGUGGGGAAAAGACGCGGUUUCCAGCUUGCAGAUUUGUUAAGUUUCUCAGGCAGAUUUUGACUUUCAGCCUUUCAUACUUGUUUAAGCAACUAUUUAUAUUAAAUGAAGUUUUUUGAAAAA